CUCCCCUUAACAAUCCUUAUGCAAUAGAAAGUCAGCUUUGGUCCACGUCUCUUUCUCUCUCUCUCCCUCUCUGUCUCUCUCUCUCUCUCUCUCGAAAGCUGUAAUAGCUAUGAGCUGUGUUCACUGCUUAUCAUAGCCAGCUUUUCAUAAGGAUUGCUGGGAUGAAAGAAUCUCAUAGUGGCUCGUCAUUAUCUGCAUCCGUUUUAACCCUUUUGGUCGCCACCAAUAUUGGUUGACUUUCGUUCAUCACUGUCCAGCAAUCCUUCUCUCCAAAUGCGGCAUUGGAAGGCUUAAUCUGUCACUCACUACCCAGGGGGUGGUGUAUUCCAAGGAGAAAACAUAUUUUGAUAUUUGCCAGCCACCUCUUUCACAGCAGCUCGUUUGACUUGGCUUGUUUGAACUCCCUGAUCGGUUGUUAGUACUCAUGUUGAGUAGUCACUUUCACUGCGCUAGGACAUCUUUUUACUCUUUGCAAUUUUUUCUUUCAACUUUUGAGGACUCAGAAAAAUGCUCAGACCAUUGACAUUGCUAGCUACCGAGAAGCCGCUUUUCAAACGAUUUUCCUCUGAGGAGUGGUUGGCUGAUACUUCUGUUCAAUUUGAUUGCGAGCUUUCAAGUGUAACAAGUAGAACAGCGAGGGAUGAUCAGACCAGGGCAAUUUGUAUAGAGCAUAUUUCUUUUGAGCCUUUUUGUGUCUUUCGUCUGAUUGGGAAAAUUCUUCAGAUUCAAAGUGAAAUUUACCCUACUGAGAAUCCUAGACCCAGAAGAGGGUGUAGGAUUUCCUGAAAAGAGGGCACAGGUAGGGUCAAAAUGCCAAAAGAUAUUUGAAGAUGCAAAAGGGGAAACUGGAAAUGGAUAUACUCGGGAACAAAAGGAGUUUUGGGAAAGUGGAAUAGAAAAGACUACUCCUAAUUUCAAUGUAACCCAAUGCUUUCAGUCUCUAACAGAUCUUACAGGUGAAUAAGGUGAUGUCCAUCCUGUUCUGUGUGAUGUUUCUUCCUUAUCUCUGUGGCAUCCACGCUACCACCAUGGAUAAAAGGAAUUUACCAGAAAAUUCAGUGAAUUCCCUAUUCGUUAAGCUCAUGCAAGCCGACCUUCUAAAAAAUAAAAUUCCCAAGCAAGUGGUCAACACCAAGGAUGACCUGCAAAGUACGUUACCAAAAGCAGAAAUUAUCGUUGACCUGGGUAUGGUCGACAAUGGGAAGUCCGAUUUUCAGCCAGUCAUCUCAAUAGAAGCCGAGCUCUUUAAGCAGCAAAGACAGAAACGCUAUAACUCACCACGUGUGCUCUUGAGCGAUAGUCUUCCCUUGGAGCCCCCACCCUUGUACCUAAUGGAUGAUUUUGUAGGACACUCUACGUCAUCAAACAGAACGUCAAGGAGAAAAAGAUUUGCGGAACACAAAAGUCACAGAGGAGAAUACUCUGUAUGUGACAGUGAAAGUUUAUGGGUCACAGACAAGACGAAUGCAAUUGACAUUCGGGGUCACCAAGUAACUGUGUUGGGCGAAAUUAAAACUGGCAUUUCGCCCGUCAAGCAAUAUUUUUAUGAGACCAGAUGUAAAGACGCGAGACCCGUCAAAAAUGGCUGCCGAGGGAUUGAUGACAAACACUGGAAUUCUGAAUGUAGAACAUCCAAAACUUAUGUUCGAGCAUUGACUUCAGAAAACAAUAAAAUGGUGGGCUGGCGGUGGAUAAGGAUAGACACAUCUUGUGUGUGUGCAUUAUCGAGAAAGAUAGGAAGAACAUAGCUUUGUCUUGUCACUAUAUAAAUUAUUAUUUUAAAUUAUAUAAUAUGCAUGUAGCAUAUAAAUGUUUAUAUUGUUUAUAUAUUAUAAUAUGUUCUUAUUUAUUAAAUUACAGCAAACUCAUAUAAGCUUUAUUUCCUCUCCAAAUGGAUCGAAGAAGAAGUCUGUGCCUUCUUUCGGGCAUUUUGAACCCCCCCCCCCAAAAAAAAAAGUAUACAUCCGAAUCUACUGCGAGCAGUAUCUAUGACCCUAUCAAACCAAAUCUAUCCAUCAGUAUUUCUCCUACAGUAUUUUCAUGCCAGUGACUGUUUUUAAGCAGACUUUUCAAAUCCGACUAUAUUAGAGAUGUAUAAAUUGUAUGCACAUUAUAUUCAAUAACAAUAUAUUUUACCUCGAUAAUGAAAAAAAAUAAUAUUUAAAAAAAAAAAACUUAACAUGUUCCAUUUCAAACAAAUGUUCAAAUAAGAUCCAAGUGAUGUUAUACAUUACUUUUUUUCUUUUGUGUAUAUAAAACUUGUUUUUUUUCUGUUUCGUAUUUCAGACAUUUCUAAAGCCCUGCAUAUUAGCUCAAAUUAGAUAUGAAUUUUUACCCAAUUUGCUAAACAGUGGGUCAUGUGUUACUGCCAACCUCAUUUAAACUACCUUGGGGGGGAAAUGACAAUUAACAGUAUAUAUUUUGAACUUUUUUUUAGCCAAAAAUAAACGGUAACACUGCCACUUUACUUAA